AUGGCACAGGGAGAUGAGGAAACUUUUGACAAUGCUUUGGUCGACCAUACUCCAAUCGAGUUCAUUGCCGAAGACCAAGAUUUUGCUGUUGAGUUAGGGGACUCAACUUCAAAGUUUAUGUCUAUUCGACCUCCUAAGUUGAUACCAACAGACGAUUACCUCAAGUUAAUGAAGACUUUGAACGAAUCUCAAAGGUAUUUAUUGAACCUUUUGCAUAAUUUGAAAGCAGGAUCGGGACAAAAUUUCCACGUAAUUCAUGGGCAGGCCGGUGUAGGGAAGAGUAGAUUAAUUACUGCAAUAGUUCAGUGCAUAUUAAGGAUGUCGGACAAGGAACCUGGAUUAAGUGGUGAAGCAAUUCCUGUGCUAGUAGCAGCAGCAACAGGGAAAGCUGCAUUUAACGUUUUUGGUAUGACAUUGCACUCGGCAUUUAGACUCCCACCCAAUCAAUACGCAGGAAAAAUGACUCCACUGGAUCAUGGUUCAUGCAAUACCUUGCGAUGUAAGUUUGAGGCUUUAAAAGUUUUGAUAAUCGAUGAGAUUUCGUUAGUUAGCUUGAAAAUGUUCACCCAAAUUGAUCAAAGAUUGAGACAAAUUCUAGGCGUCGAUGAAUUAUUCGGAGGGGUUAGCCUCUUGGUCGUAGGUGAUUUCUAUCAGCUUAGUCCGGUGUUUGGACAAUUUGUUUUCGAGGAUAGCAAAGAAAUUUUAGGCCCGAUCAUUGGAAAUCCACUCUGGAAUAGAUUUAGAGUAUUUGAGCUUAAGGAAAUCAUGAGGCAAAAAGAUGACGCCAAGUUUGCAACUGCACUAAAUAGACUGUCCAUGGGAAUGCUUGAAGAAGAAGAUAUCCAAAUGUUCAAGAGUAGAGAAAUUGGAAAAAACUUAAUUGUUCCAGAUGAUGCAACAUGGUUGUUUUACAGCAACGCAGAUUGCGAUAAAUUUAAUCGCGAAGCGAUAAAUCGAGCAAAGGGGCCAUUGUACAAUUCAUAUGCCAUAGAUAGAGUGCAGGGUGGAAAGAUUCUAGCCUCCCAACAAGCAAUGUUGGAGUCCGCCGAAUAUUUAAGUUUGCAGCAAACCGGAGGAAUGCCAUACCACGUAGCUUUGAGAGUCGGCCUUCGUUAUAUGAUUACAACAAAUAUUGACGUAUCUGAUGGAUUGUUUAAUGGUGCUACAGGAAAAUUAACGAGGGUAAUUGAAAAGCCAUUAACUAACGGGCAGAAAGCUGUUAAGAUUGUAUUUAUGGAAUUCUCGGAGAAAUUGGUAGGACAACUGGCAAGGGCAAAUAACUUAGGAUUACUCAAACAAUUAGAAAUUCCGCUGCAUUGGACCCCGAUCUUCUCGGACACCAGGGCAUUAAAUAGUUUUGGGCACUAUCAAGGAAUGCAAAUUGUUCGCCGUCAAAUUCCCCUGGUUGCUGCUACUGCUAUUUCCAUCCAUAAAUCACAGAGUCUGUCUAUCCCAAACACAGUUGCCAAUAUUCCAACUCGAGGAUUGAGAAGGGAUGCGAUAUAUGUAGCUAUGAGUCGGGCACCUUCGUUAUCAGGAUUAUUUCUUGGCGGUACUUUCAAUGCUCCACGUGCAAUCGAUACUUUAAGGCAUCCUGUAGCAUUAGAGCUUUCCAGGUUGCGAAUUAUCAUUCCCAUAUUCACUCAGAUAUUUACCAGACCUAGAUGA